AUGGCGUCCAGCUCAUUACAGAACAGCUCGGAAGCAGAUCAUAAUCAUGAUUCGAUGCCCUCACUGCCCGAAGCUUCGUCCCACCAGCUGUCUAAGAGGCAACAUUACGACGCUCUCCGGAGAGCGGAAGCUGGCACAUCAUCGAGCAGCAUCUCUCUAGGUUCUCCUUCAUCACACCCUCUGUAUCCUGCUGUAGCACCCUUAUGCGGAAGAUACCCAACUCAGGCAUCAGCGCUGUUUCAGACCUAUCUCGACCUAAAAAAUGGCGCUGCUGCAUGGGACAUUGUCGAGCCGCUUGUACUCUUGUCCACAUCGCAAGGCGAAAGCGGAUUGGCAGAAGUCAAAUACGAGAAAGAUCUGAGCUGUCUCAGUGAUGAAGAAGCGGAAAAGCUGGUUCAAGAACGCCUGCAAGCGUUAAAAAAAGAAACACCCAAAUUCGGGCUUGCCAGUAGAACAGCGGAAGACGCCGAUGGCGAGGAAAUGUUGACGGCCGGAAUGGCUGCGAUCAAGGGUCGUCGAAAAGAUGCUAAACUAUACGAGAUCGUUCUCCCACUUACCAUCGCACAACAUCUCCAACCCUCGCAGCUCAAAGCCAUCUUCGCCCUCAUUCAAGCGCAUGCAGCCACGUGUCAACCAGGCGAAGAGGUCGACACGUCGCACGUAAUGCUUGCCAUCAUUGCUCCAGAUUCGACGCUUGUAUACUACAUCAUCUCGCAAGGUAUGGUCAAGCCGAUCAACUGA